GAAACUUAUAAUUAAUCAAAUAAAGACCUAAUCGCAACUUGAAUAUUUAAAGUGUUAUUAAAAUAAACUGUUUAAUGUUGAAUAAUUAAAUAUCCCAGUAAUUCAACCGCAAACACCAAUUAAUCGACCGCAGAAAAUGCUUCUAAAAUUAGCAUAAAGCACGAAAAAAUAGACUUAGACACUCGAACUUUUACCUAGGAUACAGAAGUAGCAAACAUGGUUUCCGAGGAGAACUGGAAUAGCGACACGAUGUCCGACUCGGACAUGAUCGACUCGAAGAACGACGUGUGUGGCGGGGCCUCCAGCUCCAGCGGGAGCUCCAUUUCGCCCAGGACGCCGCCCAACUGCGCCCGCUGCCGCAAUCACGGCCUGAAGAUCACCCUGAAGGGACACAAGCGGUACUGCAAGUUCCGCUACUGCACUUGCGAGAAGUGCCGCCUGACGGCGGACCGCCAGCGCGUGAUGGCCCUGCAAACGGCCUUGAGGCGAGCCCAGGCGCAGGACGAGCAGCGGGCGCUUCACAUGCACGAGGUGCCGCCCGCCGGUGCGGCCCCCACAACCUUGCUGGGCCACCACCACCAUGCCGCCGCUCCUGCCCACGUCCACGGCCACCAUGUGCAUGCCCAUCAUGCCCACGGCCACCACUCGCAUCACGGUCAUGUCCUGCACCACCAGCAGGCCGCCGCGGCAGCAGCAGCCGCAGCAGCCGCAGCAGCAGCUCCGUCGGCUCCAGCCUCCCAUCUUGGUGGCUCCUCUGCGGUCGCCUCCAGCCUCCAUGGCCACGCCCACGCGCACCACGUUCACAUGGCAGCCGCCGCAGCCGCCUCGGUGGCCCAGCACCAGCACCAGAGCCACCCCCACUCGCACCACCACCACCACCAGAGCCACCACCAGCAUUCGCAUCAACAGCCGCCUCCGCAGCACACCACGCUGCGAUCGCCGCCGCACAGCGAGCACGGCGGAAGUGUGGGUCCGGCCAGCAGCAGCUCGGGCGGUGGGGUGGCCAGUUCCAGCAAUGCGGCAGCGGCCACCUCGAGCAGCGGUUCCAGCAAUAGCAACGGAGCAGGAGGCGGAGGAGGAGCCAGCUCGGGUGGCGGAGCAGGAGGCGGAAGGUCUUCCGGCACCUCGGUGAUCACCAGUGCCGACCAUCACAUGACCACGGUGCCAACGCCCGCCCAAUCGCUGGAGGGCUCCUGCGACUCGUCGUCGCCCUCGCCAUCGUCCACUUCCGGCGCCGCCAUUUUGCCGAUCUCAGUUUCCGUCAAUCGCAAGAAUGGCGCCAAUGUGCCCUUGGGCCAAGACGUUUUCCUAGACUAUUGCCAAAAGCUAUUAGAGAAAUUCCGCUAUCCCUGGGAGCUGAUGCCGCUCAUGUAUGUGAUAUUGAAGGAUGCAGACGCCAAUAUUGAAGAGGCUUCCCGGCGAAUCGAAGAGGGCCAAUAUGUUGUGAAUGAGUACUCCCGUCAGCAUAAUUUAAAUAUCUAUGACGGGGGUGAGCUACGCAACACAACGCGGCAAUGUGGAUGAUAAUUUUUCAUUAACUAGAGUAACGAAUAUUACUUUGCCCUGAUAUUUAUUGUUCAGCAUCACAUAUUAGCUUAAUGCUUCGGUGAAAUCGCGCGAAUUUAACUUUCGUAACUUAAAGUUGAGUAACUUAGCGCUUUAAGGAGCGAAACCUCUGUACAUAUAUCGAAUUUAUCGGUAAGCUAAAGCGCAACUUGGAUUAUCUUCAAUCAACAUGCCAAAUAUGUCGAUGUGUGACCGCCGGUCCCCGCGCUACUUUUCUUCAAUCAACAUUACCCCAUGCUGAGAUGUCUGAGAUGGCCGCCAAUCAACAAUCAACAUUCUCUUCUCUUCAAUCAACAAUCCCCCAAUGGAUCUAAUCAACUUGCAACAAAACCCUUGCCGCCAACGAAUAAAAAUAAUCAAUGCACAAAAUUUAUUAAACGUUCUCAAAACAUUUUCGAAAAAAAACCAAAUGCCAAAUCAACGAUCAACAUUUCAACACGUUCGCAUCACAAAUCUGCACAUCGGUUGUAUAGCUUUAGUUUAACCCUACUUAAGUCUUGCUUUACACAGUUAAUUAGGCUAAUUUUUGGGUUCGGGUGUGAUUUUUCGGUUAAACGAAAUGCGCAGUCUAAUUAACGCCAUUAACAUCGCCUCACAUCAGUCAUUCAUUUUAUUUUUCAUUUACUUAAGUACUUAACUGAAUCUAAGUACAAAGUGAUUUUUUUAAUCAGCUGCACUCGAUUGAGCAACAAUGGGGAUCGAGGAGGCAACUAAGUUAUAGACUCAUUCAAAUAGGCUGACAAGCUAAUCUCAAAUUUCUUCUCUACAUGUGAAUUUGUAUCUUUAAAAGGUACUUAAAUAAUAACCCCUGAAAUUAUGUAUGCCUACAUAUUUCUUGGGGGCCUCGGUAUCAAAACUGUUGUGAGAUGGUGCACAAAUUAUAAAUAUGUUUAAGUUAACUUUAUCGAUGUCUUGCGAAACUCUAAUUGUAAUAUUUAAUGACAACAUUAAUUCUCAUUAACAUUGUAAAAUAUUGUUACAAACUUAAGUAAGAUUUAG